AUGCCUGGUGCUCCCUGUCCUCAGCAGCUCGCCGCUGGAGCAAAGGAUGGCUGGGUCAGAGGCGCUGUGGGAGCAUCUCCAGCUGAGCAGGUGCCGUGCUGGAGCCAGCUGCGCUCUGUUCCCCGGCUGCUUUCCCGCAGGAAGCGACUCCCAGCCGGCCCGGGGGGCUCCAGCCUGCGCCGCUGCCUCUCCCCCCUGGACCUGGCUGCCCUGGGGGUGGGCAGCACGCUGGGGGCUGGGGUCUACGUCCUGGCAGGGGAGGUGGCCAAGACCAGCUCUGGCCCGAGCAUCGUGCUCUCUUUCCUGAUUGCAGCUGCGGUGUCUGCCCUGGCAGGGCUGUGCUAUGCCGAGUUUGGGGCCCGUGUGCCCCUGGCUGGCUCUGCCUACCUGUACAGCUACGUGACAGUGGGUGAGCUCUGCGCCUUCCUGGCUGGCUGGAACCUGCUGCUGUCCUAUGUCAUCGGCACUGCCAGCGUUGCCCGGGCCUGGAGCGCUACCUUUGACCAGCUCCUCGGCAAGAAGAUGGGGAGGUUUUUGGGUGCUCACGCAGCCAUGAGCUCUGUGGGGCUGGCAGAGCACCCAGAUGCCUUUGCUGCUGGCCUGGUGGUCCUGCUGGCAGCGCUUCUUUCCUUUGGAGUGAAGGAGUCCACCACAGUCAACAAAGCCUUCACAGCUCUCAACGUGCUCGUCCUGCUCUUUGUCACAGUGAGUGGCUUCAUCAAAGGCCACCUGAGCAACUGGAAGCUCAGGGAGGACGACCUGCCACAGGCAGCUGCCCACGAGGCUGGGAACCAGUCCAUGGCUGACAACAGGACCAGUGCCUUUGGGGUGGGAGGCUUCAUGCCCUAUGGUUUCACUGGCACCUUGGCUGGAGCCUCUACCUGUUUCUAUGCCUUUGUUGGAUUUGACUGCAUUGCUACCACAGGGGAAGAAGUGAGGGACCCCCAGAGAUCCAUCCCCAUGGGCAUCAUUCUCUCCCUCCUCAUCUGCUUCCUGGCCUACUUUGGGGUGUCUGCUGCCCUCACCCUGAUGAUGCCCUACUACCUCCUGGACACCACGAGCCCGCUGCCAGUGGCCUUUGAGUACAUUGGCUGGAGCAGUGCAAAGUACGCCGUGGCUGUGGGGUCGCUGUGUGCCCUGACCACCAGCCUCCUAGGCUCCAUGUUCCCCAUGCCAAGGAUCCUGUAUGCAAUGGCUCGAGAUGGGCUCCUCUUCCAGCCUCUGGCCAAAGUCAGUCGCCGUCAGUGCCCGGUGGUGGCAACCCUGGUGUCUGGGGCAGUGGCAGCUCUCCUGGCCCUUCUCUUUGACCUGAAAGACCUGGUUGACACCAUGUCCAUUGGCACACUGCUGGCCUACUCCAUGGUGGCUGCCUGUGUGCUGCUGCUCAGGUACCGGCCUGAGCCCAGCCCUCGGGACACUCCUGCGGGGAAGGUCCCAGCUGUGCAGCCAUGGUGGAACCACCUGGUCCAGCCACCCCCCAAUCCCACCCCUCGCUCCUCUGCUCUGGUGCUCUGGGCUCUGACAGCUGCAGCUGCCCUGGCCUGUGCCCUGGGCUGGGUGAGCACUGCUGGGCUGCCCUGCCUGCGGGCUGGGGGUGCCUGGUGCAUCACAGCUCUGGCCCUGCCUCUCCUGGGGAUCCUGGCAGCAGCUCUUCUCAUCUGGAGGCAGCCUCAGAGCCAGGACAAAGCGUCCUUCAUGGUUCCCUGCCUGCCCUUCCUGCCUCUCCUCAGCAUCUCCAUCAACGCCGUGCUGCUGGCCCGGCUCAGCGCGGCCCCCUGGCUGCGGUACCUGCUCUGGAUGGCUGCGGGUUUCCUCAUUUACUUUGGCUAUGGGAUCUGGCACAGCACUGGGAGCCAGUGGCCUGAAGGGACAGGUCCCCAGGAGCUGCCCCAAAGCAGAGCCAGGGAUGUGGCCCUGGAGCCCCGUGGGCCUGCCCUGUGCCCAUCUGCUCCAGGGCAAUAA